AUGCAAUUCAGGAAAAAACCUACGCAUGCGCACAAAUUAUCCCACGCACACUGUACUCUUGGCACGCCCAUUUUCGGUACAAUUCUGCAAAGCCUACCCACACAAAGCCGGAGAGACAUGUCAGCCGGUCUAGAAACGCUGGUGAACGGCAGUACAGACGACGAAGAUUACAUCAGUCAGUUGACUAAAGACGGACCGGUGGAGCUGCGGGCCUACGGCCACCAGGUCGGCGGCCACUCUCUGCUAAUGAAGUUCGGGAAGGCAAUAUGCAAGCCGAUGCUCCCUCGCGAGCAUUUAUUCUACUCCACGUUGCCCGGAGAGUUGAAGAAAUUCACGCCAGUUUAUUACGGUGUUGUAAGCAUCAGAUUCAAAUUGACUGAAGAUGGUAGGGUCCACCUCGUCGCCACCGGGAAUGGAAUCGAGACCGGACACGGGUCCGGGGUGGGGAACGGGGAAAUGGAAACGUGUGUGUCUGGGGACAGGACCGAGGGUGACACGCAGUCGCUCACUCACCCAAUCGUGAGACUCGAUUUCAUAAAGGCGACAGCCGGUUUCAACGGACUGAAACAUGAGGAAAUCGUGAAAGCUUCAAACGGCUACUUCUCAAAUCCCUGGAGUACGGCUUGCAUGACUAACAUGCAGUCGAUUCUCGCACACUUUGGUGCCACACAACUCCAGGACCUCUUCCAAGGCAAGUCCCACCACUCUCAGUCACACACCUUAGUCCCACACAAAUUCAAUAUUGUCACCAUGUUGAACUCUGGACCAAGCACUUCCUCUUUAAAAUUCAUAAUCCUGCAAACAGAUUACCUCGUCCUGGAAGACCUGACGUGUAGCUUUGAUCGACCGUGUAUCAUGGACCUAAAGAUGGGGACUCGUCGUCAUGGAGACGACCAAUCGGAGGAGAAGCAACGACGACACAUGGAGAGAUGUGCGUCGACCACCUCCGCACGGCUCGGAGUCAGCAUGGCGGGUGUCCAGGUCUACAAUUCCUCUCUAGGAGUCUACACCUUCAAGGACAAGUACUACUGCCGAGAGCUAACCCCGCAAGGUUUCCACGACGAACUGCGACACUUUGUCCACAGCGGGUUCUCCCUACGCUCAGACGUAAUCUCGGCACUCCUUUGCAAGCUCCGGCAGCUGAGAGAUAUGAUUCAACGACAGGACUCUUUUCGAUUCUUCUCGUCUUCUCUGUUGAUUGUGUACGACGGGAAACUGGAGCAAACUGGUGCCGCUACUGCUAGUGAUUCUGGGCCGACUCUUAGGGAAAGGACCAGGGUUUUGGAGGGGAGAGAAAGUUUUUCGAAAUUAUCAUCCGGGAGUGAAGUCGGAGGAGGUGAGGGUGGGGAGGAGAGGGAGGGCGGUGCAAACGGACCGUCAUUUAGCGAGGAACUCCCAGUUGAAGAUUUAGACCACCAACGUUCCAAAGGAGAGUCUGACAGUUUCUCUGUGGAAGAAGCAGGGACAUUAGUCAAGGUUAGGAUGAUUGAUUUCGCACACGCGACCCACGCGAGGUGCAAACACGACCCAGUCAAAUACUCUGGACCAGAUGAAGGCUAUAUUACAGGGCUGAAUACUCUCAUUUCGGCCUUUCACUCCAUGCAAGAAGAAAGCUAGCCACAUUUCUUGGGACUAUAAUUAUAGAUAUUACAGGAGUUAUAUUUUUCCUUGAUAUACAUGUCUAAAUGGAAAUCACAAAUGAUGAUAAAUUUUUUAUAACACUAAGUUUUGCAACAACACACAGCAGAUAAUUAUAAAAACACGCGAAAAAGUGACGUAAUGGAGAG